AUGACGCAAAUGGUGGCAGAGAAGCGGAAAGAGUGGUUCUUCAUCGAUGCACUAUGCAUCGACCAGGACAACGAGAUGGAAAAACCGAUUCAAGUUGCAAUCAUGGGAGAGAUCUACCAACGGGCAGAGGAGGUAGUUGCAUGGAUAGUGCACGACCCGAAUCAAUGCAAUGUCAGCACAAACCGAACAACAGACGACACUACUGGUGGUUCAGUACACAUUGUCUCAGCCUCGCGUGCACAUCUUGAGAAAGUAGUCUUGGAGAAUAGCUAUUGGUCGCGACUCUGGAUCGUGCAGGAAGUACUCCUAGCGAAAAGGCUGACGAUUCGAAUCGGAAGUGAUGAGAUAGAAUGGUCGAAUAUCUUGCCGGAAAAAGAUCUAUUCGGACGCAGAGGGCUGCCUCUGCAGAACAUUUGUCUAUCUUCCUGUGGCAGAGUGCACGACAAGAUUUUCGGUUAUCUGGGGCUUACCAACAGCCGCAUCGAAAUCGACUACUCCCUCUCGAUCUUGGACUUAUUCACAGCGACUCUUGGUGACUAUUUGUUGUCUGCAGGAUUAAUCACCGAAGACCUAACACCCAUUCGGAGAAAAAUCGAUGUGUGUCGCAUUGUAGGGUCUGUCAUCAAUGCUAAGGGCUUGAUCGCACCCCUCCGGGCUUUCGAUCUGGACCCCAACGACCCCGUGGUGGACGUACUGUUUUACGAAGUUAUAAAAUACUUCGCACCUGGUUACGAAGACUGUCUUCACGAUCAUGCGGUAGUUGAAUGGCUUCAUGGUCAAUCAGAUUUCCAUCGUCGAUUCAGGGACACAGCUGGUGGUGCUGACGAACCAAUCGAGUUGAGACAAAUCGGAUCCAUCUUGAUCAAACGCUUCAAGCUCGCAUAUCACGAAGGACUCGACAAUAGGCCAAUAUUGAAAGCGCUCAACGUACGCCGAAAAGCGCUAGCUGAGCAAGAUGCGGUGUUGACCAAUGCGGAAAAUGAGCGAUCUCAGAUCAGAUGUGGCGACGAUAUCAAGAGUCUGGGGAGGAUAUAG